GAUUCAAUGCGGAGGUUUCCUUAUUUCUCUCAAGCUUUUGACCUAGCCUCUGAAUCCCUGAUUGAUCGAGUCUUCUUGAAUGAGUUGAAUCCUGCUAUCUCGGCAAAAACCAGGCGUUGAUUAAGCUGGGAUAGUUACAUUCAACCUUAAACCCCAAAAUUCCCAAAUAUCUCGGCCCCAUCUCCUUAUAUGAUUCCAAUACACUCUCUCAUUUUAUUCUCUCGGAAAAUGAAAGAUGUCGCCCAUGUGAUCUCCAUCAUCAGUUAACACAACCACCACCACCACUCUCUUCAUUCUUUUUUUCUUCUUCGUUCAUUUUGGUUUUCUUAAUUGCUUACAUGCUUACCUGCGCCAUUGAUUUAUGAUACAUGUUAGCACAGAGGACAUCCCGAUCACUAGGGUAAGAGAUUUGGAGGAGGUCGUGAUAGAUAUGGCGGUGACAAGAUAGCCCUCUGUUUCUUAAGGCUCUGCCAAUCAUCUUGAAAACCUACCUACUAAAAUCUCUAUGUUGGAUCUAUGGUGGGUUGAAGACGAAAUGUUUCUUCUAAUUUGGUUUGGAAUUAUGAUGUUAUCUAAGGAUUUGAUAACCAAGAACCUUGAAUAUGGUGAAACUUGCGACAUAGUAAUUCAAUCAAGCGAUGACAGCUGAUUUAGGGCUUAUUUGAGAAAGAUCCGUUGUCUACAAGUCAUGUAGGGUUCUUGGGAUGCUAGAACCAGUCCUAGGGUUUCUACCAUCCCAGGCCCAUCACGAGCUCAGAUCUUAUGUGAUUCACGAGAGUGAAUCCUAUCUACAACUUCUAUCACGCUCCCCCUCCAUCUUUUCCACUCAGAUUACUCAAAUUCAAUUAUCAAGUUAUGAAAUGUUGGUGGGGAAAUGGAGAUGUUUGAAGAACAAUUUCUGCAUCAGUGGAUGGACUUGGAAGACAGCCAAUUAUAUUAAAGAGAUUAAAUUAUUAAGUCAAAGAUUAAGAAGAUAAGAUGGGGUGACACCACCGAACUUUCCUCUUGACGUCAACUACCCCCUGAACGUGAUGGCACCACCUCUCUGCAUCUCUCAACUGGCCACCACAAGCCAUCACAUAAUUGCUAUCCACCCUUAUAAAUUAAAGUGACAUUGAUGUCAAGACUUGAUGCUUUCAUUGUUUACUUUGUAGAAAGCAUGGAUCCUGCAUUUCCAACCAAUAGACUAUUUUUCUUAAUAGUUUCAUACAUUUUAUUGAACAAACACAAUAUUAUUCUCAAAAAAAAAAAAAGUUGGUGUUUUUUUGUUGCACACUGG